AUGGGAGAAAUCGCUGCCGUCCGACACAAGCUCUGCGGUAUCCCUGAGCACAGGCAGGAUGGCCGGGACGACCAACAAGCUCCGAGCCGCCCUCUCGUGGGCUUUGAGAGAGUCCGCCAAGAGGACAAAGAAUAUCCAGCGGCCUUGAGGGAAGAGAGAAGACAGGAUCGUCUCGAGUGCGCAGAGCUUGAGAAGAUAGUGGCGACCUGGCGGAAAACGCUGUCCCGUGACGGUGAAGAGACGUGGAGACCUGACGCCUUCACUACCGACGCCCCCGUCGGCCGAACUGCUCCUUGUGACAUUAGGGACGGCGCUACAUCUUCGCCCACGAACAACAAGGCUUCUGGGGGCACCGAAACCGCUCUUGCUCGGCUCAAAAGACGGUCGUAUAGCGCGUCAGGCAACGGAAAGGUCCACGGUGGGCUUUCGGACUCGUCAUCCGUCUGUGACAGGCGGUCUGAAAAGUUGAACGACGACAAUGCCCAUGACCGCCCUGGUGGACGGUCUUCGGACAUGGGACUCAACGCGAGUGUGCUGGUAACGGAAACCCCUCGACGUCGAAAGCGCUGUGGCAGCUCGAUUUUUUGUGAAGAUGCAGGAUCGCCUCGGAAACGGUCCACAAAGAAGCCCAAAUGCGGGGACGUCCAACGGUCCUCCGGAGAAGCAGCUGUGCAGCGGAGGAAGACGAGAAAUGCCGCUCGUCCGGACGUGGACAGACCCUUCACGGCGACUUUAUCCUCCAGGUUUACCGAAGAGCCGUUGAUCAACGACGAUGACACGGUCGACUUUCACAGUCUGUAUUAUGACGGUGAAGUGGUGUCCUUCUGUGAGAUCCUGGAGUUCCCGCCCGACAGCCACCAAUUCUACAUAUUCUACUGUCGAGAACACGGCCAGUUCUUCCGGAAUGCCCCCCGCAACGGAGCGGCAAAGCACCUGCAGAAACACAAGAUGUGGAUGUCGACGACGGUCGUGUUCAGGGUCAGUUUGUUUGGCGUCCGCGUCCUGAACGGCACCCCGGCCCUGGUCAAGGAAUACAACGACGCCAUAUUCCCGCAUUUGAAGAGCCGCACAUGGACCUCCAAGCAGAAAGCAAAGGCGGAAGAGGAAUUGAGGCGUCGGUCCAACGAUCACGACGAUCCCAGCUACUGUCCCGACAGCACGCCAGAGAUACCCCACGUUCAGUCGCCGACUCUGCCCACCAGGCGCUCGUCCCGUCGGUGCGCAGGGAAUUACGCCCCGGGCACGAGGCCUUGGGGCGAUUUAAUCGCCAAGCCCCAAGCAUGCGAGGUGUACUGCGUGACCUGGCAUAGGGACAACAGAAAUUAUGCAGUCAUCAUUCUGCCGUAUGGGUCUUUCGAGCCGGUUGGAAUCCCGGAUAUGAGCAUCUUGGGCACGGGCUUGCUCGAAAAGGGACGGCGAAAAUCCCACGCCGUAGAUGCCAUGACCGGAGACUACGUCUGGAGCUCCGGCUACGAAGACGGCGGGCCGAGGGAACACGAACGAGAGUACCCCGUCAUUUUUUUCGACAACCGCAAGUUUCCACGGGAAGCUAGCUAUGGGUGGGUAAUGGCGUCGGAGCUGCUGGUGUUUGAUCCGAAAGACACGAGCAUUCCACAUCUCAAAGCCGUGGCUCAGUUUCUGAAAGAAAAAGGACGGGGUGUCCAGGCACUCGGCCAAGAAGAUGACGCUACGAGAGCAUGUGUACAGUCCGGAGCGGCGACCGAGCCAACACCAAGUGUGCCGGCCGUGCGAGACAAGAAGAGCCCCGUCGCGGAACUCGAUGCGUACUUUGGCGGUUCUCAAUGUCGGGAGGCAGGUGAUGAUUUCCGAUACCCAAACCGUGAUGCGGAUUCCUUGCCCCACGAGCCUAGCGAUGACGAGAGGCCCGUGACGGAACCUGAAUCCAGGCUUCGGGCUCAACAAAGAGUCCAGGUGGCUACGAUGGGAACAGGUACCUGGGAGCAAGGUGCUCCGGAUUUGACGCGUGACACGAAAACGGCCCACGAUGACGCGGACAAGCCAAGUCGAGCGCGUCGCACGCGGCAACCCAGACCACAGGGACGAGUUCCCGCCUCCAGAGACACGUCAAAGCACGAAGAGCCCUCGCCCUCGUACAGAAUUGACAGACUGCCAGUCAAGCCUGCAGCGGAAACUGUACACCCCUCAUCGCCCACGGAAGACACUGGCAGGGCGUCGUCUGCGCCGCGAGGAUUGGACUUUCGGGUCACCGCUUCAGGCAGAUACGAGUUAUACGACAUUGGGUGGACGCCCAAGAGCAGCAGUCAACGUUCGAGACAGGGCUCCGUACGAGUUCAAGAGACUCUGUCGUGCUCGGGGCCUCGGUCUCAUUCCGUGACCCCUCACUCGGCGGCACUCACUACCCAGCAACGCAUCACCAUAGAUGAUGUCAUGCAUCCUGCAGAACCACGCAAGAGAUGA